ACAGAUCUAGCAAUGCAAGUAGCUAUAGCAAAUAAAUACCCUGAAGCUGUUGUUCAUAUUAUGGAGUUAAUGAAUAAUUAUUCAGAAGUUCAAAGAUAUUAUGAUCGAUUAGAAGCAAACUUGAAAAAUUCUUUAUGUCAACUUCAAGCUGAAAUAGAGCUACAGCUUAAAGAUAAAAUUAAAUAUGCAAAAUCACAAGAAUUUAGAAAUAUGAAUCCUACUACCGGACUUCCACAUGUUUCUAAUACAAUUUUUAAGAAAAUUAAUGAUAAUAGUAAGUUUAAUGUCGAUACUAGUCAGCAACCAGAUCAUAAAGUAGAAUUUAUAGAAGACAACUAUAAAGAACCACAGAUCUUAUUAAAUAUAGCUCUAGAGGAUUGUUCAGAUAUACAAAGUAAAAGUGAAUCACUCUCAACUGCAAUAUUUAAAGUAUUAGAAAAGAUUUGUGAACAAGAAGUUAAUAGUAAAAUUUUUGUGGAGUCAAAUUCAAAAAAGGCUUGCUAUGAUCAUGGCCUUGAAAUUUGUAAAAAAGUAUUAAAUAUAGCAAUUAUGAACAGUACUAGUAAGAUUUUAAAAGAUCUUUUGCAACAUUUUAUUAAUGAACAAGUUUUAGCACAAAGCAGUAACAAUGCUUUCGAACAAGACAUAAGUCAAGAAAUUGAGAAUUUAAUAAUUUCUAAUCUUUUACAACAUAAAAGCAAAGGGCGUCCUGCAAAUAGAAGAUAUUUGUCAGCAAUUGAAAAUCAGG